GACAAUGCUUCUUCAGGCAGACACACACGCAUCGGGACAGCUGAGCGGAGCUUCACGGCGAGUUGGAUAAGAGACUGAAGAGCGGGACUUGAAGCUCACUUUGAUCUUUGCGAAGAAACAUCAGAAGAACGUUUCAUCCUGACAUUCUCCUUUUUUUUAUGUGUAUUAUAAGCACUUCUUUAGAGGUGUUCUGUUCCAUUAGUUUGUCAACACUUGGCUUAUUUCCCAGGCGACACAUGCUGUCUUUGGGGUUGAACUGACUUGCACUGAUAGUCGGGGAAACCUCGCAUUGAUAACUCUCAGCUCAAUAUGUACCAGGGGCACCUGCAGGGGAAAGACUCUAGGGCUGCAGAUAAGGCCGUUGCCAUGGUCCUGAAGGAGAUACCCAAUAAGGCGUCCCCAGAAGGCAAACCUCUCCUCACGGUGACCAACAAGCUGGUGAGUGAACAACAAGAGAGCCGCCCAUUGCUAAGUCCCUCCAUCGAUGACUUCUUGUGCGAGACCAAGUGUGAUGGAGCUGCCCGCCCUGUGACCUCUAACACAGCAGUGCUGUCGUCUUCUCUGGACCUGCUGGACCUGAGUGAGCCUGGAGAGAGGAGAAACAGUAAAGACAGGAAGAGUCCUAUGUCCAGCAAGAGCACGCCUCAUAGAAAGAAAGCAGAUGAAACCGAGCUGAUACAAGUGGAUGUUGAACAGAAAAAACCCUGCUCUCGUACACCUGUGAAAGAUUCUUUAGAUUCAGCAGGUGUUCCUUCGCCGCUGGAGAAGUGGGAGGAACUCAAUCCUCAUCCGGAGAGAACCGGUAGCAGGAAAUGGAAGCUAGACAAAAGGCGAUCAUCUAAAAAUUCUGGGGAUUUUGCUUGGUCUACUGACAGCAAAACGCAACCUGAUGCAGCCACCAAGAACUCAUUAGAAAUAAAUUACAAGACUGAGGCAGAGACAUCCCCUUCCACUCAACUCAACAAGCAGUAUGUUAGUGGAAGACAUGGCCGAGGGGGCAGAGACCAGAGGUGGGGUGGUGGACUCCUAUCCAGAAACCAGUCCCUCGAAGAGGAGUUUGAGCGCGCCAAAGCAGCUGUGGAAUCAGACACUGAGUUCUGGGACAAAAUGCAGGCUGAGUGGGAGGAACUGGCUCGCCGAAACUGGCUUUCAGAAAACGAGCAGACCCAAAUUCCCUCCACUGUAUCUCCUCAUGAAAAGGGAUAUUACUUCCAUACAGACAAUCCGUAUAAAGACUGGCCAAAUGCAUUUGAGGAGGGACUGAGGAAGGCCAGAGAGGGAGAUCUGCCAAACGCUGUUCUUCUCCUGGAGGCAGCCAUCUUGCAGGACCCCCAAGACUCAGAGGCUUGGCAAGUCCUGGGGACUACACAGGCGGAGAAUGAGAAUGAGCAGGCAGCUAUUGUCUCCCUCCAGAGGUGUCUGGAGCUCCACCCCAACAACCUCCAGGCCCUCAUGGCAUUGGCAGUGAGCCUGACAAACACGGGCAUGAAGCACGAAGCAUGUGAGGCACUACUGGGCUGGUUGAGACAUAACCCGAAGUAUAAACACCUUUUGAAGAACCGCAAUAACCUGCAGGGCUCGCCAAACACACGCCGCCUCUCAUACUCUGCGCCCAUGGCAAGUUCUCUGCUGCUAGACGUGAAAGAGCUGUUUUUGGAAGCAGUCCAGCAGAACCCAGAUAUCAUUGAUCCGGAUUUGCAAACGGGCCUAGGUGUGCUUUACAACCUUAGCUCUGAGUUCAACAAGGCUGUAGACGCCUUCAACGCUGCACUCUCUGUCCGGCCAGAGGACUACUUGCUGUGGAAUCGUCUUGGGGCGACGCUAGCUAACGGAGACCGCAGCGAGGAGGCAGUGGAAGCUUACACCCGUGCUCUGGAGCUCCAACCUGGUUUCAUUCGCUCUCGCUACAACCUGGGCAUCAGCUGUAUCAACCUGGGUGCACACAGGGAAGCCGCCAGCAACUUCCUGACAGCACUGAGCCUGCAGAGGAAGAGCAGGAGUCGGCAGCUCUCGCACCAGGUCAUGUCUGGGAACAUCUGGGCGGCAUUGAGGAUAGCACUUUCAAUGAUGGACCAGCCCGAGCUCUUCCAGGCAGCAAACAUCGGGGACCUGGACUUACUCAUGAGGGCCUUCAACUUGGACAUGUGAACUGACAAAUGUUUUUGACUGAGUAUAAGCCAGGAACCCAAAGUCCUUCGAAAGGAGGAAGCAGCAAACAGUUUUAUCAAGUUUUUUUUUUUCCUCCGCAGAGCACCUUUACAUUCCUGAGAACUGCACAGCAGUAUAUGAUUUCAGAGAAGAGCACAAUGCCUGGAAGAUUGUAUAAAGAUGCCUUAGAGAAAAUACUAGUUAGUGAUGUCUUGCUGGUUGGAGAAGGGAUAUGCUGGAAGAAAAAAAAAAACUAUGGAAAAAGAUGGAUGAAACUGAAAAACGUUUCGUUCAGAAACAGAUGCAGAUCUGAAUUGUCAGAUAGAUCAAAGCAAUAGUUUAAAAAUGUUCAGUGCUAUAACCCACAUUAAACCAAUGUAGAGCUCUGUUCUUUGCUGUACCUUUGCUGCAAACUAGCCUAAAGGCUAGUAAAGCCUUAUUUAAAAAUGCAUGACAGACAUUCAAAAAUUUCAGAGAUUUUAUGGGGAUGAAAGCAAAUGACAUAGUUGGCCUCUAAAUGGAUUGUUGUUUACAAAGAAGCAAGAAGGCUUUUUUUUUUUUUUUUUUAAACCACACUCAAAGCUCUCUAUAUCAAUGAAUGCCAUAUAUGACUUUCUUAUGAACAACCCACAAAAUAUGCAGGUGACUGUCAUGACAUGAAGUUAUGCAUUAUUGCAUUGUCUUAAAGCUCAUUCAAGACUUUUGUUGCAUGUGAUGUGAAAAGUGUGAAAGUGUCCAAAAAUUAUGAAUGAUGUAUAACUUGAUUAUGGUUUAAUUUAUUGCUUGUAUAGACGGAAGUAGAUUUCGUAAAGGAUGAGCGUUGUCACUUUUUUUUUCCAGCUUACAGAGGAAACACCAUGGAAAACACGAAAGCUAGUUAAAGAUGCACUUUUUUUUCUCAAUAUAUCUAGCUACAACUAGUCCACAUACACAGGACAACAGAACACAGCAUGACUGAUCCAUGAGAUGGGUUGCAUUUCUAUCUUUACAGGGCACAGGUUUUUCUGCUCGAAACAUUUAGCAUGAGCGACCAAAUCUAUUCACAUUGAUUAUCAUUUUUACAUAAAGUAGUUUAAAUCCUGACUAUAAAAUUUUCUCUGACAGGACUGUGCUUUCUAGAUUGCUUCCUACUGUAAAUUAUCUAACUGAUACAGUAUAUUGGUAGAGCCCGAGGAAUGUCUCCCCAUUUUUUUAGAACUGUGUACAAUCUCAGGUGAGAUGAUCUAGAUGACCUUAUACACUAGAACUCCUUAUUUAUGAGGACUGCAUGCUGAAUGCACUUAUUUUUGAAUGCGGUAGCUUUAUUUAUAUGCAUGAAAUUGUCAUGCCUCUUUUAUUCUGACCUUCAUUUCUAUGACAUACACAUAAUCCUGGUUUUUGCAUUUCAGUAUAUACAGUAUAUAUUGACCUUUACGUACAUUUAACUUAAAGCAGGUUAUAUAUUAGUUACCAGUUUUGCAAUGCAAUUAGUAAGUUAGAUGAAAUAUACUUUAUUGUAUACCUGUUCAUACUAUUCUCAUAAAAGAGACCAGAUUUAUUGAAGCCUGUAGCGCAUGCAAAACAUCAUACAAAGCAGUACAAUCAGCGAUUUGACUUGAAUUCAUCCUUAUUACCAUAAUACUGAAAUUAUAUAUGCUGCAUCUCCUAAUAAUACUGUAUGUCACAGGCUUCAUUAAGUCUGGUGCAACAUAUUUAAACAUAACGGAAUAUAUGAAAUAUCGA